AUGCCGCAGCUUGGAUCCGGAAAGUCGAGGCGAGGGUGUCUACAAUGUAAGCAGAGGCGCGUGAAAUGCGAUGAAGUUGUCCCCUGCGGCGCUUGUCGCCGACGGAACGAGCAAUGCAGCUUCCUUGCGCCAAACUUACGAGCUGGAAGCUCCGACACUGCGAUAGAUCUGUCGAUACCUUCUAACACUGAAGAGUGGGCUAAUGACCUGGAGUUGAUGUAUCACUAUGCAACGACAAUAUAUAACGUUAUAGGCGUACGAGAGAAUGUACUCCACCUCUGGCGAGACUAUAUACCCAAACAAGCCAUCAAGCAUCCCUUUCUCAUGCACGGCCUCUUGGCUCUCGCAGCUCUUCACCUGGCAUACCUCCGACCAGACCUGUCCUCGCAGUACUUGCGAACAUUCAACAAACAUCAAGCUGUCGUGCUUGAAAAGUUUCGUUCAAUCUUGUCAUCGUCUGUCGAACCCACACACGCAGAUGCUCUCUUUGCGCUCGCUGCAACGUUGUCUGUUUCGUCCAUGGCACGGACUUGUACUAGAAUAGGCGCUGCAGCACUCAACGUGGAUACAAUUGCUGAGCUUUUCAUCUUGACGCGGGGUGUGAAGAACAUCAUUGAUCUGACCUACAGUCAAAGCACAACAGGUCCAAUGUCCCCUCUUUUGGAGAGGCAACGCUGCCCUGAAGCCAUAGAAAUCAUUCUGCCGCCCAGCGUCUCUGCUCGUUUUGAGGCAAUUGAGCAAUUUGUAGUCAUGUCUGGGAUGGAUCAAAACGCAAUUCAGCACUGUCAAACCGCUUUGACUGAACUGCAUGAGAUCUAUCGAAACAUAGCGUACAUUUCAGCCACGGAAAACGUCGAGCUAGGCAUCAUUUCUCGAUGGCAAGUGAAGGUACCUAUGGAUUAUGUGGGACUAGUUCAAGCGCGCAAUCCACCAGCUCUCAUCAUCUUAGCACACUAUGCAGCUGCGAUGACGGUGGUCCACACAGCGUGGUAUACGCAAGAUUGGGCAGAGUACGCCCUGCGUACUAUUGAUCAGACGUUGGACAGUACAAUGCAUCACUGGAUUCGUUGGCCGAUGGAACAAGUGCAUGACCGGUUGGGUGACUUGUGUAUCCCAUCCGCUCGCUGA